AUGGCUACGGAGACAGGGACGGGCGACGCGCCCGAGGUGUUGGCAAACACGUCCGUGUUUCCGCCACCGCCAUCGAUGUACAAGAUGUUUACCAAGCAGAACGUGGCAUGGCUGGCGGUGCUGAGAAAGUAUAAAGGCGAGGCGGAUUGGACGCAUAUGGACGCCGAUGCGCGCCUCGAGGCACAACGUAAGGUCUUGCAGCAAGCCGUGGAAGGCGAAGAUACACUGGCAAAUCAUAUACCCAUGGAUGUGGACUUGGAACGAGAGCUUCUCCCUCCUCGUAUCGACUGGAUCGAAGAGGAUGGUGGGUACCAACUUUUUGGCCAACGGUGGCCUAUACCAGACAUGGCGCCGUCCCUUGACCAGCUAGGCAUUCCGCGAUACUUUCCAGAGGGCUCUUUUGAUCGCAAUGAAGCACUAAACAAGCUUUUGCGCACGCUUUUGCAGACUUACUUCGAGAUCGUGUGUGAUUUAUUACAGCCGAUUCGUCCCUACGAUAUUCCCGUGCCUGCCCCAGAGGCCCAUACCGGAGCGCAGACGGCAUGGAUUCCUUCCUCACAUCUAAAAGAGCGGAUCCAGCACAUGGAAACGGUGGUCAUCAACUUUCAGUUUCUGUUGAAUGAGUUGCGUCCCGCUCAAACUCGCACGGAGCUCUCAGCCCUGCUCCGAAGCCAAUUGUCGGAGCGACGCCAGGCAACGCAGUAUAUCCGGGCCAAGUGCCAAAGUAUUCGCGAUGAAAUAGCGCGUCUGGAGAUGUAA